AUGGACGAGCCGCAUUUCCGCCGGCUGCUCAAGCUCCAGACACGACGACGAGAGGCUUUAAUCGGCAGUGAAUUGAAGAUCCGCACUAAGACUAGCCACGUGCUAGCACUUGAAGACAACAGCAGUGCUUGGUACACCGUCUACUGCAUGCACAUCCACCGAGCUUCAAACAAUCGACACGGCGAUGAUGACCAGUGGGUGCUGAGGAAACGAUAUUCGGAGCUGGACGCCUUUCGACGCCUCUUCUGCAAGCGAAUAGAAGACUGGGAAAAUACUGUCCAUAGGGAGUUUACUCGCAAUACAGCCGCCCGCAGCCAACAGAUGUUUGCAGUCGUUUCAAACGCAAUGCGUCGCGCUCUAUCGCCGUCGUUUCCCAAGAAGCAUAUUCGAUCCGACAAGCCUGCAGUUGUGCGAGGAAGAGCAGCCAGACUUCCAGAUUUUGUACGGAAGCUGGUGGGGGUGUACACCGACCUGGCAGUUUUCAAGAGGAACAGUCAGCUGCAGGCCGGUGGCUUCGCCUCUUCUUGGGCCCAGUUGUGCACCAUCUUCUUGGAGCUUGAGACGUUUCUCGAAAUUCCGCAACCCCAAAAAGACGCUGAAAUUCAGCUGCAGUCCGCUGUGUUGGCGCUCAAAGACUUCACCGAAGGCGAAAGUGCUAGAGAUGGAGGUGCAUACGAGCAGGUGUGCCCCAUUUGCCUUAACGAGGAUUCAUCAACAGAAAAAAUGCGUCCAGUUGUAUCUCUGCCGUGCGGUCACCGCUUUCACGAAGAUUGCGUGAUCGACUGGUUCAGCACGAGCCCCACGUGCCCGCUUUGUCGCCAGAACUCGCACUCGUAA